AUGGCGACUCACAAUGGGCUCAGCUCCAAGUUCAAGGAAAACAAGCCGCUGUCGAGCCGGCGACCCACGACGGAAGACUGCCCGUGCGCGGCCAAGGGGCGUUGCUUACCGAGUAGUGCAUGGGGUGGGGCGUGCAGCGCGGAUCCACGCCGCGUGAAUGGCGCCGGUGGCGCUGGGAGCGCGGCCGCCGUGCCCGCCGUGGGCGGCUGCAGGGGCUGGUCAACCGCCGCUGAUCUCGUGAAGGGGGCGGGGGGAGCGGGGAGCGCCAUGGCCGCGCCCGUCGUAAGGGGCGGCGGUGGCUGGUUGGCCGUCGCCGAUGAAGGCUUCCUGAACAGUGGAGGGGGCGGGGGGAGCGGCGCCAAUCCGCGCCAUGUGAAGGGAGCCGGCGGCGCUGGAGGUGUCGCCAUUGCGCCCGUCGUGGGCGGCCGUGGGGGCUGGUCGACCGCCGCCGAUUCGUACCUCAUGAAGGGGGAUGGAGGCGCAGGGAGCACCACGGCUGCACCCGUUGUGAGCGACAGGGAAGGGGGGUCAACAUUCGCCGGCGCAGGCUUACUGAAUGGCAAAUUGGGUGGGGCGUGCAGGGCGGAUCCAUGCCGCGUGAAUGGCGCCGGUGGCGCUGGGAGCGCGGCCGCCGUGCCCGCCGUGGGCGGCUGCAGGGGCUGGUCAACCGCCGCUGAUCUCGUGAAGGGGGCGGGGGGAGCGGGGAGCGCCAUGGCCGCGCCCGUCGUAAGGGGCGGCGGUGGCUGGUUGGCCGUCGCCGAUGAAGGCUUCCUGAACAGCGGAGGGGGCGGGGGGAGCGGCGCCAACCCGUGCCAUGUGAAGGGAGCCGGUGGCGCUGUGGGUGUCGCCAAUGUGCCCGUCGUGGGCGGCCGUGGGGGCUGGCCGACCGCCGCUGAUCUCGUGAAGGGGCCGGGGGGAGCGGGGAGCGCCAUGGCCGCGCCCGUCGUAAGGGGCGGCGGUGGCUGGUUGGCCGUCGCCGAUGAAGGCUUCCUGAACAGCGGAGGGGGCGGGGGGAGCGGCGCCAACCCGUGCCAUGUGAAGGGAGCCGGUGGCGCUGUGGGUGUCGCCAAUGUGCCCGUCGUGGGCGGCCGUGGGGGCUGGCCGACCGCCGCUGAUCUCGUGAAGGGGCCGGGGGGAGCGGGGAGCGCCAUGGCCGCGCCCGUCGUAAGGUCCGGCGGUGGUUGGUUGGCCGUCGCCGAUGAAGGCUUCCUGAACAAUGGAGGGGGCAGGGGGAGUGGCGCAGAUCUGCCCGUCGUGGGCGGCGUGGGCGGCAUGGGGAAGGCGGUGGUCCCAUCGCUCGUGGACGCUGACAGUGAUGCUUGCAAAUUUGCAGGGAGAGACGCCUUUUUGCACACUGGGGGAAUGUUGAGGGCAGUGGACGUCGGCGGUGGCUUGUCAGCUAGGGACAACGACAGGGGUGCUCGGAUCAACGCACGGCCCUGCGGCCCCCGUGGCGCAGUGGACGUGCCAGCGGGCGUCGGGCCAUUGUAUGGGGCUGCUUGA